AUGGGAUUUAGAGAUUCUAAUUUUCCAAAUCAUGUGUUUCGUUUGAAAAAGUCUUUAUACGGCCUCAAGCAAUCCCCUCGGGCGUGGUAUCAACGUUUUGCAGAUUACGCCUACGAAAUUGGUUUCACCCAUAGUCGUUCUGAUCACUCACUAUUUGUUUACAAAAAGGGUCAUGACACCGCCUAUUUACUUCUCUACGUAGAUGACAUCAUAUUGGUCACAUCAUCGCAUGACUUACGUAGAAAAUUCUUGGCUCUUUUAGACGCAGAAUUUGCCAUGAAGGACCUCGGACCACUCAGUUUUUUUCUUGGUAUUGCUGUCACACAUCAGGCCAAUGGUUCUCUAUUUUUGUCUCAGCAUCAAUACGCCUUAGAGAUCCUUAAACGAGCGGGGUUUGAAAACAGUAAACCACUUCCUACACCGGUCGACACCUCGACCAAACUAAGCUCCUCCUCCGAUCAGCUUCUCGAAAAUGCAACUCAAUAUCGGCAGCUUGCUGGGGCACUAGAAUACUUAACUUUUACCCGACCCAACAUUAGUUAUGUUGUCCAACAGGUUUGCAUGCACAUGCGUGCUCCACGCACCACCCAUUUCACUGCCCUGAAACGCAUACUACGAUACAUUAAAGGGACCAUUGAUCACGGUUUGUCACUCACAAGGACUUCUACUACUUCUCUUCUAUCCUACACUGACGCUGUUUGGGCAGGAUGCCCAGACACCCACAGAUCAACAUCCGGGUAUUGUAUAUUCAUGGGUAAUAAUUUACUUUCGUGGUCUUCCAAAAGGCAACCAACAAUUUCACGAUCAAGUGCCGAAGCUAAAUACCGCGGAGUUGCAAAUGUGGUCUCUGAGUCUUGUUGGUUACGUAACCUGCUCUGUGAAUUGCACCACCCACCUCAUAAAGCCACUCUUGUAUAUUGCGACAACGUUAGCGCAAUAUAUCUUUCCACUAUUCCGGUGCAACAUCAAAGAACAAAGCAUAUCGAGAUCGAUAUUCAUUUCGUCCGUGAAAAGGUGGCUAGAGGUGAAGUUCGCGUUUUUCAUAUACCCUCCAGAUUUCAAAUUGCUGAUAUAUUUACAAAAGGCCUACCGCAGAUUCUAUUUGAAGAUUUCAAGUCCAGUCUCAACAUCAGCAAUCCUUAUGUUCCGACUGAGGGGGUGUAUUAG